UAUUUGGGGACGGACGUAUUAGCACUUCCUGUUAUUAAACGCAGAGAAAAAGAGAAGAAGCAUCAACAUGGACGCGUGUUAAUUUUUCUCUAAAUCUCCCUCAAUUCAUUUACUUUUUAUCUUCAGUGUGUCCCGUAGUUUCAGUGAGAGUCUACAGCGGUCGGUGGAUAUGCCUAUGUCCGAUCGUUCGAGCUCAGACGGCGGCGGGGAGCCCCGGAGUCCUCGGAGUCCUCGGAGUCCUCGGGCCCGGAGACCUCGCACUCGCUCCCGCAGCCGCCACCGCAGCGACAGCCGUGAGCGGAGCCUGUCUCCGUACAGCUUCGGACCCAAACUGCCGAAGCCUCGUAACAGGGAGAAGGAGCACGAGGAGCGGGAUCGCCGGUUCAAAGAGGCCAGAAACAUCCGGAGGAUCCGCAUAGGAAGCCCCCGUAGGAGUCGGUCUCGGUCCAGGUCAAGGUCCAGAUCCAGAUCCAGGGAUCGUCACGGUGCUAACAACAACCACUGGUCCGAGCAGCGGGACGGUCCUGGAAAACAUGGCAGCUUCAAAGAUGAUUAUUACUAUGAGCAGCAGCGGGACGACGCUCAGAGACAGAGACAGGAGGCCUUCAUCGCCAGGCGUCUGCAGGAGAGGGAGAGGAUCGGGGAGUUAGGUUGUCCUGAAGUUUGGGGAUAUUCACCCAGAGUGAAGGAGCCAGACUCUGAUGAGUUCACACCAGUCGAAGAAGACGAGAAAAACAGCAGCUCAGAGUCGAGCUCAGAAGAAGAAAGGAAGAAGAAAAAGAAGAAGAAGAAAUCCAAGAAGAAGAAGAACAAGAAGCACUCGGAGGACAGCGAGCUGGAGUCAGAUUCAGAUGAGGAAGAAAUAAAGAAGAAGAAAAAGAAAAAGAAGAGCAAGAAGUCAAAGAAGUCCAAGAAGAAGAAGGCGAAGAAGAGCCGCAAGGAGUCCAGCAACUCCAGCAGUGAAGAGUCAGAGGAGGAGGAGGAGGAGGAGGAGGAUCCCAACGGGGUGAUGUGGGUGGAGAAAACCUGCAUGGAUGAACACGUGGUCGGCCCCGAAGCUCCGCUCACACAUUUGUCGCAGGACGACCGACCUUUGGAUUUUGGUCAUGCACUGUUGCCAGGUGAAGGUGCUGCGAUGGCGGAGUACGUGAAAGCAGGCAAACGUAUCCCCAGAAGAGGUGAGAUCGGUCUCACCAGCGAUGAGAUCGCAAACUUCGAGAAGUCUGGCUACGUGAUGAGCGGCAGCAGACAUCGCCGUAUGGAGGCCGUGCGUCUGAGAAAGGAAAACCAGAUCUACAGUGCAGACGAGAAGAGAGCGCUGGCGUCCUUCAACCAGGAGGAGAGGAGGAAGAGAGAGAGCAAGAUCCUGUCGAGCUUCAGGGAGAUGGUGUACAGGAAGACCAAAGGCAAGGAGGAGAAGUGACAUCACACAUCUCUACAGAUCAGAAAACACCUUUACUUCCUGUCUUGAUGUAUUAAUGUUUUAUUUUUUUGGAGGAUGAAUACAUUCAGUUUAAACCAAAUGUAAACUGUGGAGAGAGAAUUUUAAUUGUAAAGAAAUGUGUUGAAUGAGUCUGAGAAGUUUUCUGUUGUGUUAUAUUCUCCAUCAUAUCUACUCACUGGAACUAGUCUCUGCAGUGUUCAACCUUAAUUUUCUGUUGUAAAUAUUUUGUGAAUGAUCCUGAUUAAAAUGGUAAAUAAAUUCUCAUCACCAGGC